AUGCCAGAGGCCCGCGACCAGCGUGGCACCGACGCUCUCGUCAGCCUCUCCGCCUAUGUCGAAGAGCUCAAGGCCCGCAUCAGCGCGCUCGAGGCCAGCAACAGCACGCUCGUCGCCAACAACAGCGCGCUCACGACCAGCAACAGCGCGCUCACCGCCACCAACAGCACGCUUGCAGAGCAGCAGCGCGCUCAUGCUGCCGUCUGCCUCGGCAGCGGAGCGGCAGCACCUUCCAUUGGCGCCAGCUCGCCCGCAGCGGUGUCGAAGAAGCGCAAGGCGGCCGACGACGAUGAUGAUGCGGAAGAAGAUGGCCGCUCUUCGACGCGCGUGUACAGCCCCAUGAUACAAGGCGAAGCACUUUGCUUGCUCUCCCGUAUGGACCAUUUCGAGCGCCUCAUCCGUGCUGCAGGAGUUUCCACGCUUCUACACGCCAGUUACAUGUCAGCCGACGCCGUCGCAGGGUGGCUGGCUUGCGAUCGACUCGCUCGAUGCUACCCUCUGAUCGACCUCAACGAUGUCGAUCCUUCGGAGGAGGCGAUGCGCGCCUCUCUCAAGGCCGGAGACUAUUGGGCCCUGGACUCGGCCAGCAACUUCGACCAGCAUCUAAGCAGCCCGACGCUGAAGUACCGCAAGGACAGAAAGGCGGCCUACAAAAAUUGCUUGGAGUCAGGCGCGCUCGGCAUGACUCCCGAGCAGAUCCCGGUCAUGGAGUACUACGCGCACGAAGACGACCCGGAUGCAGAUGAGCUCUGA